AUUCUCUCUUUGGUCUGCUCUCGUCGUUCUUCUCUCAUUUUCUCUCUAAUCGGAUCACAUUGUUUGUUCACUUUCAUCUGAAAGGAUGUCUGGACGCGGUAGAGGACGCAGCGGAGGAAGAGGCCAACCUCGACCGGAACAACAACCGUUACCGCAGGCUGGACGCGGCGGAGGAAGAGGCCAACCUCGACCGGAACAACAACCGUUACCGCAGGCUGGACGCGGCGGAGGAAGAGGAACCGGCGAUCGAGGAUCAUCAACUCCUUAUGCUGCUGCGGCAGCAUCUUCCUCACAUGUUCCUUCAGUACCUGUUGUUGCUUCUUCUUCAUCUACGGCUUCUUUAGCCGUAGAUUUAGAAGAAAAAGUUAAACUAUCUUCGACUUCAUCAACUGUUGAAUCGGCUUCGCAGAAGCCUCAGACAAGCCAGGGGCCGGUUGUGACGGUACCAGUCUCUUCUAGAGGAAUCGGACUACCGGAUAGGCCUGGUUACGGUACAGCAGGAAAAAAGACGAUGAUUCGAACUAAUCAUUUUGCAGUUAAUGUAGCGGACUCUGAUAUACAUCAAUACGAUGUCUCCAUCACUCCUGAGGUGAUAUCAAAGAAGGUAUGCAGGGAUAUUAUGAAUUCUCUGAUUGAUUCUUACAUGGAAUCACAUUUGGGAAAAAGACUGCCUGCAUAUGAUGGCAGGAAAAGUAUCUACACUUCAGGGCCUUUGCCCUUUGUGUCCAAGGAUUUUGUUGUGAAACUUUUUGACAAGGAUGAACCAACAAGAAAGGAGCGCGAAUUUAAGGUGGCAAUUAAGUUUGCUGCUAAAGUUGAUCUCUAUCACCUUCAGCAGUUUUUACAGAGAAAGCAACGAGAUCUUCCUCAAGAGUCAUUACAAGCUCUUGAUGUAGUUCUACGUUCAACUCCUUCAGUAAAUUAUACGGUCGUUGGAAGGUCUUUCUUUUCCCCCAGCCUUGGGCCCCAGGGGACACUCCAAGAUGGUCUAGAGUAUUGGCUAGGGUUCUACCAAAGCCUUCGUCCUACUCAGAUGGGGCUAUCGCUUAAUAUCGAUAUGUCUGCAAGAGCAUUUUUUGAUCCCAUUCCAGUGACAGAUUUUAUUCAAAAAAAUUUCCAUAUUAGAGAUCUACUUAGGCCUUUAUCUGACCAAGACCGCAUCAAGGUUAAGAAGGCCUUGCGAGGUGUUAAUGUGCAACUGACACACCUUGAGAAUGUAAGGCGAAGAAAAAUAACUAAUAUAACUCAACAACCCAUUAGCCAAUUGAUGUUCACUGUUGAUGACAGUGGUAAAAAGAUGUCUGUUGUCCAAUACUUCCAGCAACGGUACAAUAUCAAAGUUAAGUAUCCGUCAUUGCCUGCUAUUCAGUCUGGAAGCGACACAAAGCCUGUUUAUCUUCCAAUGGAGCUGUGCAAAAUUGUGGAGGGUCAGAGGUACACGAAGAAGCUAAAUGAGAAACAAGUAACCAACCUUCUGAAAGCUACCUGUCAAAGACCCAAGAUGAGGGAACAGAGUAUUAAGCAGAUGGUUACAAGGAAUUCUUACAACAAUGACAAGUUUGUUAAUGAAUUUCGGAUGCGUAUGAGUCUUGAACCUACAACAGUUGAAGCAAGGGUUCUCCAGCCCCCCCUGCUUAGAUAUAAAGGGUCACAAGAGGCUCCACACGUGGGGCAAUGGAAUAUGAUUAAUAAGCGAAUGUUUACUGGCGCAACCAUUAAUCACUGGACUUGUGUCAACUUUUCCUCCAGAACACAUCCUGAUGCGGUAGGCGAUUUUUGUUGGGAACUUGUCCAGAUGUGCAAGAGUAAAGGGCUGAAUUUCAACGAGGAGCCACUCAUUCCCUUCCAAACAGCGCCUUCUAACCGCAUUCCAAAAGCACUGGCUAAUAUACACACGGAGUGUAAAGAGCAGCUAGCAAAGGUGAAGGAAAGUGGAAAACAUCUUCAGUUGCUGAUUGUAAUAUUGCCUGAUUUUUCGGGUUCAUACGGGACUAUAAAGAGGGUUUGUGAAACAGAGCUGGGAAUUGUUUCUCAAUGUUGCCAGCCCAAACAUGUUUCAAGAAUUUCUAAGCAAUAUCUUGAAAAUGUUUCAUUGAAAAUUAAUGUGAAGGCUGGAGGACGCAAUACUGUGCUUGCGAAUGCUGUGGAUGGAAAAUUACCAUUUGUGUCUGACAUGCCCACCAUAAUAAUUGGUGCUGAUGUUACACAUCCUUCACCAGGCGAGGACUCAAGCUCCUCCAUUGCUGCAGUUGUCGCUUCAAUGGACUGGCCUGAAGUAACAAGAUACAAAGGAUUGGUCUCUGCACAAGGACACAGAGAGGAGAUAAUAAGUGAUCUUUAUAAAGAGACUGAGGACCCUAAAAAGGGAAAAGUCAUAAGUGGGAUGAUCAGGGAACUCCUGAUUUCGUUUAGGAAAUCCACGGGACAAAAACCUUUUAGAAUAAUAUUCUACAGAGAUGGUGUAAGUGAAGGUCAGUUCAGCCAAGUAUUGCUGUAUGAGAUUGACGCCAUCAGGAAGGCAUGCUGCUCUCUGGAGGCAAAUUACAUGCCUAGGAUUACAUUUGUAGUUGUGCAGAAGAGGCAUCACACUCGCCUCUUCCCAAUGAAUCAUGAUGACAGAGGAUCAACUGACAAGAGUGGAAACAUUUUACCAGGUACGGUUGUAGAUACUAAAAUAUGCCACCCAAGAGAGUUUGACUUUUAUCUGUGCAGUCAUUCCGGUAUCCAGGGGACCAGUCGGCCAACCCACUAUCAUGUGUUGUACGAUGAGAAUCGUUUUAGUGCGGAUGCUUUGCAAACACUCACCAACAGCUUGUGUUACACUUACGCAAGAUGCACGCGAUCAGUCUCUAUAGUGCCUCCGGCAUACUAUGCUCAUCUUGCUGCGGCGAGGGCGCGCUAUUAUGUGGAGGGUGAUGUUGUUGAUACCGGGUCCACAAGUGCCGGAGGGAACACAAGGGAGGGGAGUGCAGCUGUCCGCCCCCUUCCAAAUAUUUUGGAUAAUGUGAAGGAUGUGAUGUUUUACUGCUGAACAACAUAUUCAGAAGAUAUUAUAACUAAAACCUCUUUUUUGAACAAACACUGGAUGGUAAGUUUUUGGUUUUGAUAUUAGUGGAGGGUUUUUUUUGGUGGUGGAAUUAGUAAAUGGUGUGGAAAUUUGGAGUAAAAGAAAGAAGUUAGUGUGAAGUUGAGUUUUUGAUAAUGGGAAAGGUAUAGAGUUUCAUCUUAUAAGCUUUUAUUUUGACUUAAAGAAAUAGUUGGGUUGUG